CGUCACACAGCUUAAGUGUUCCAGUAGUCACCGAUGGCCCAAUGCAACUUUGGGUGAAUGUUGCGCACUUUUUUUUUGGUUAAGUUCGCUUGAUUCAAUCUGGUUUUAUUACCGCUCAUCGGAAAUUCCAAUUUACGUAAGUUGAUUCAUAUAUAUAUACUUCAAGUUAUCUUCAAUGGGAGACAUAAUCCUCCAUCAAUUGUCAAUAUACACUAACCAUACUGGCACGGAAUGAACGCUCUCAAAAUCUUAGGUCUGCUCUGCAGCUUUACCUUUCUCGCCCGUGCUGCACCUACCCCCGAGAAGUCAGCGGACCCAGAGUUCAAAAGCCAUAUAGGGCGUGCAAAGAGUUUGGUCGAGAAAGUUCUUGGCUACAUAUCUGCGGUUCACCAGUCUUGUGUCAGCACAGAGGGCCUGACAAUUGACCCGUCCGGCCAUCCUAGAAACUCGCAGUACCAUUCCAUGGUAAUCUCCCUGGGCAUCCCCAAAGCACCAGAACUCGGAACCACCUGCAGAUCUCUUAACCAAAAUAACCUCCCUCUUGAGGCGUGUUUGAGUAGCAUGUCCGCUGGUCUACAGCUCUACCAGGAUGUGCUGGGGGUGCUGGUGCUCAAGGUGACCUCCGCCGACAAGGUGAAAGAACUCCAGGCAGACAUCCGAGACCUGCUGGCCCAGGUCAACAAGAUGAAAGGGCCGGGCCAGACGGGCAGUGCAGCCCAGUACCAGGCCUCAGCUCUGUCCGCGCGUCUCCAGGGCGACUACGAGGUGCAGGUGGCCUCUCACUUCACUCUGCUGCAUCUUCGCGACUUCACACAGGACCUGAAACGCAGCCUGCGCAACAUUGAGAAUCUGUCCUCAAAGUCCAUUCAAAAAGCGUGA